UCGCCCCCUUUCCAUUCUUUUGAUGAUAAAGAAAAUGAAAAAGUCACUCCAUUGUUGAAACCUUUAGCCUGCAUCACCACCGCCUCCUUGCUCCCCAUGCCCAAUCUUACUUCCUUUUUUGGUGGUGACUGCAGGCCAAAGAUAAAGCUACUAAUCUAACAUAUAGUAUUAUUUAUAACAACCAAAAACAGGGGGGAGAAAAAAAUAGUUGGUUGGAUUCAUGUCAUGUCUACUUCAACAGAUAAUGAAGGUGGUCAAUCACAACAACAGCAGCAGCAGCAGCAGCAGCCAAAUUUAGCCAAAUCAAGAUUUGUAAAUCUCAUCCGCCAAUAUUCUCUGCAAGUUUCCAAUACUAUGCGUGGUCUUAAGCUCAAAGACCGUUGCAAGAUCACCCAAGUUCACGCCUUUAAUCCUUCUGACACCUCUACUAGCACCACCACCACCUCUUCAGCUACCACCACCACCAAGGUCGCCCACCAAGGUCAAGCGGGAUAUCCCACAAUCAGCUCUGUACUGUCAAAUUCUGUUGACCCCAUUUCAGUGACACCAGCAGAGGUUCUUCUCCCAUAUGGAUUGCCUGCAACCGAUUCUCUUGAGCCCCCCAUUGACCCGUUUCUCAAAUCUAUUGAUUUUGUUGAAUCUUUAGCUGAGCUGUAUAGGAGAGUUGAAAAAGGUUCAUAUUUUGAUAAAUCUUUAAUUUAUCUAGAACAGUAUUGUCUUUUGAGCGGCCUUGGUGAUCCGAAAUUGCUUCGUCGAUGCCUUCAAUCCGCACGCCAACAUGCUGUUGAUGUUCACUCUAAGGUUGUUCUGUCAGCUUGGUUGAGGUAUGAGAGAAGGGAAGAUGAAUUGGUCGGUACAUCUGCUCUGGAUUGUAUUGGGAGAAAUCUUGAAUGUCCAAAGGCUGCCUUGGCACAUGGUUAUGAUCCGAAUUCAGUAUUUGAUCAUUGCAAAUGUUUUCAGACAGCUAAUGAGAGUUCUGAAGUUGGCAUCUCAACUGAGGAGGAGUUAACCAUCUCUGAAGAGGAUGGAAAUGUUUGCUUUUGUAUUGGGGAUGAGGAGGUUUACUGCUCAAGAGGUAAAAUUGCUGCUCUUUCCUGCCCAUUAAAAGCAAUGCUUUGUGGUGAUUUUUCUGAAUCAGAAAAAGAUAGAAUUGAUUUUUCACAUGUUGGGAUAUCUCGGGAUGGAAUGAGAGCUGUUAAAUUCUUUAGUCAGUAUGGAAGUUUAGGCUCAUCUUCCCCCAAUGUGGUUUUGGAGCUGCUUUGUUUUGCAAAUAGAUUCUGCUGUGAACAAAUGAAAUGUGCUUGUGAUAAUUAUUUAGCUUCUUUGGUUUCUGAUAUAGAUGAGGCAUUGAUUCUUAUUGAUUAUGCUCUGGAGGAGAGAGCGAACAUUCUUGUGGCCUCUUGCUUGCAGGUGUUGUUAAGAGAGCUCCCAGGUUAUUUAUACAAUUCAAAGGUUAUGAAUGUGUUCUGUAGUUAUGAGGGUAAGGAGAGAUUAACUGUAGUUGGACAUGCUUCUUUCUUGUUGUACUACUUCCUUAGUGAGGUAGCCAUGGAAGACAACAUGACGUCAAAUGUGACAAUAAUGCUAUUGGAACGGCUGAGAGAAUGUGCAACUGAGAGGUGGCAGAAGGCACUUGCAUUGCAUCGAUUAGGUUGUGUGUUGCUUGACAGGAAGGAAUACAAGGAUGCACAGAGUUGCUUUGAGGCAGCUGCUGAGGCCGGUCAUGUCUAUUCAAUAGCCGGUGUUGCUCGAUCAAAGUUCAAGCAAGGGCAGAGGUUUAUGGCAUAUGAGCUGAUUAGUUCCCUAAUCUCUACAUACAAGCCUGCAGGAUGGAUGUAUCAAGAGAGAUCAUUGUACAAUUUGGGAAAUAAGAAGAUUGCAGAUUUGAAUGAUGCCACUAAUUUGGAUCCUACUCUUUCCUUUCCAUAUAAGUAUAGAGCUGUUGCAAAGUUAGAAGAGAACCAUAUUGAGGCGGCCAUUUUAGAAAUAAACAGAAUUGCAGGGUUUAAAGUCUCUUCAGACUGUCUUGAGCUGCGGGCUUGGUUCCUCAUUGCCCUUGAGGACUAUGAAUCUGCUAUGAGAGAUAUCCGAGCACUGUUAACUUUAGAGCCAAAUUACUUGAUGUUUCAAGGAAAAAUGAGAGGCGAGCAUUUAGUAGAGCUUCUCAACCAACAUGUUCAACAAUGGAGUCCAGCUGAUUGCUGGAUGCAACUCUAUGAUCGAUGGUCUUCUGUUGAUGAUAUUGGUUCACUUGCUGUUAUACAACAGAUGCUGAUAAACGACCCAGGAAAAAGUGUUCUUCGGUUCCGGCAGUCUUUACUUCUCUUACGGCUAAAUUGUCAAAAAGCUGCAAUGCGCAGUUUGAGAUUGGCUCGAAAUCAUUCUGGCUCCAAGUAUGAAAGGCUCGUGUACGAGGGGUGGAUUUUAUAUGAUACCGGUCAUCGUGAAGAAGCGCUCUCUAAGGCUGAAGAAUCUAUUUCCAUACAAAGGUCAUUUGAAGCUUUUUUCCUCAAAGCCUAUGCAUUGGCAGAUUCCACUUUGGAUCCUGAAGCUGCAUCUUACGUAGUGCAACUCUUGGAAGAAGCACUUAGAUGUCCCUCAGAUGGUCUCCGCAAAGGACAGGCUCUAAAUAAUCUGGGUAGUAUCUACGUUGAUUGUGGCAAGCUGGAACUUGCUGCAGACUGCUAUGUAAGCGCCCUCAAAAUCAAGCAUACAAGAGCUCAUCAAGGGUUGGCACGGGUUUAUCAUCUCAAAAAUGACCGGAGAGCUGCUUACGAUGAAAUGACAAAGCUGAUAGACAAGGCACAAAACAAGGCAUCAGCUUAUGAAAAACGAUCUGAAUAUUGUGAUCGCGAUUUGGCAAAUAAUGACCUCAGUAUGGCAUCACAAUUAGAUCCUUUGAGAACUUAUCCUUACAGAUAUAGAGCAGCAGUGCUUAUGGAUGAUCAAAGGGAGAAUGAAGCUGUAGAAGAGCUUACCAGAGCCAUAGCCUUCAAACCGGACCUACAGAUGCUCAAUCUACGAGCAGCUUUCCACGAGUCGAUGGGUGACUUCAGUUCUGCUCUCCGAGAUUGUCAGGCAGCCCUCUGUUUGGAUCAAAAUCACAAGGACACCCUUGAUCUGUAUAAUCGAACACAAACACAAGCUAUUGAUCCACAUACUUAGCAUGUUCAAGUCAAAGUGAUUCUUUGUGGAAAAAAAUUUUGGGAAAGAAAGAUGAAUUGCUCGAGCUGUCCACUUGUCUACAUUAUUAUCAGAAUUUAGCUUGUGCUGAAGGGUUUUUAAGAUGUCAUUGGUUGUGGCAUUCGGGAAAGGAUGAUGGAAAGAGCAACUGGAUCCGCACAUACAGCAAUUCAUUAUGGACGAUGGCAAAAACAAAAUUUGUAUAGAGCAGGAAAUGGUCCUUAUGAAAACGGCCAGGCCAUAUGAACAAUCUGGGUUAAUCAUGUUGUAUCUUUUAAUUGCUUACUCUGGCAGAAUGGUACAAGCUUCAUGAAACUUUCUGAGUUUCAGAAACAAGUGUUCUUUUUUAAGUUGUGCACGGCGAGAAAAGGGAUUUAGACUUCCAAUUGUCUUGAGAGAGAGAAGGUGGAAAAGCUUGAAUUUUCUUUCUGUUGCCUAUUGGUCUGUGUAUAUAUUUAUGGCCAAAGUCCACAAGUCACUCCAGUGUUUUUAUUUGAUCCGUUGUAGUUGCUUUUUCUA